UUUCUGGUGGGUGGGAUUUAGUAAGAGGCGUUGUCGCACACCAACAAGCUCUUCCAGGAUUAGCUAUAUAUCCGCCGCUCAGCACACAUUUUCAUACAUUGCACAUUUAGGCGCUCGGUGCAGCACGCUAAUCGUCAGAGUUUAAAAUAUUCUAAGAAAUAAAGAUUUAGCUAUGGCCAACUACAUUCACGUACCCGACGAAGCUCCUGCUGUGCCCAAAAUAGAUGUUACAGUGGACGAAAGCGACUACAGAUCCGGUGCACUGAAGCUGUUGAAGGAGCUGAGACCGAGCUGGAAGCCAUCUGAGGUCAAAGUGAAGUUUUUCACAGAUGGGAUAACCAAUAAGCUGCUGGGCUGCUACGUGGGUGCAGUCAUGCAGGAUGUGGUUCUGGUCCGUAUUUAUGGCAACAAAACUGAAUUGUUGGUUGACCGGGAAAAUGAAGUCAAAAGUUUCAGAGUACUACAUGAAAACCGCUGUGCCCCACACCUAUACUGCACCUUCAACAAUGGCCUUUGUUAUGAAUUUCUGCAAGGAACUGCCCUGGAGCCUGAGCACAUUCGCAGCGCACCUUUGUUCGGUCUCAUUGCCAGGCAGCUAGCCAAGUACCACGCCAUCCAUGCCCACAAUGGCUGGGUGCCCCAGUCUGACAUGUGGCUGAAGAUGGGAAAGUACUUUGCUCUCAUCCCCAAGUACUUUAAGGACCCUGAGCAGAACGCAAGGUUGACUAUGGAGGUGCCAAGCCCACGGUGCCUCCGAGAAGAGCUGGUGUGGCUCCAGCAGAGCUUGUCUGUGCUGGGCUCCCCCGUAGUUCUCUGCCACAACGACCUGCUCUGCAAAAACAUAAUUUAUAAUGAGGAGGCAGGCAAUGUAAAGUUCAUUGACUACGAGUAUGCUGGGUACAAUUACCAAGCCUACGACAUUGGGAAUCAUUUCAAUGAGUUUGCUGGCCUGAAUGAGGUGGAUUAUAGUCACUACCCAGAGCGGACCUUUCAGCUGCCGUGGCUCCGCUCCUACCUGGAGGCCUAUAAGGAGCACAAAGGCCAGGGCAGUGAAGUAACUGACAGAGAGGUGGAGAUUCUUUAUGUCCAAGUCAACCAUUUUGCCCUGGCAUCUCAUUUCUUCUGGGGUCUGUGGGCACUGAUUCAGGCCAAGGUCUCCACCAUCGACUUUGACUUCUUGGGAUAUGCAGUCCUGCGCUUUAACCAGUACUUCAAGAUGAAACUGGAUGUGGCUGAGCUGAAUUUACCCGAGUAAAAGCCCCCACCCCCUCAUGUUCUCUUCCUCCUGCUCUUCCUCCCUUCCACUCUGCUCUGAGACUCACAUGGCGACUGCAGAGCGCCCUGUAGGGUUUGUUAGUAGGAAAGAGCCAGACUGAGAGUCUUUCCUGUUCAGUGCCUACAGGUUCCCUCUAAAUGUCCGUAUCUCUAUAGAUUGAAUGGACCACGAGCUUCUCCAUCCUCUGCUGUCACACCUUUUGUCAUCUGGUAGCCCAAAUCAUUUGUAAUGUGGGCAUAUGGGACGUAGAGACUUUUAAGACCUGCUAUAAUGUGAAGCCCACAUGGCUGAAUUUAUUCUCCUCAUUUUAACUAUUCUAAUAUCAAUUGGGAUAUAAACAUGAUAUCAGCGUAUUGUAUUUGUAUAAGCAGCUUUUCUUGUAGCUCAAAUUACUAAGUUGGUAGUGGAAUGUCACCUUAUUCACCACCAACCUAUAGUUAUCACCUAUAUGACAGGUGGCCCAAACACUAAUCUGAUCACCUGGAGACAGCUUCCUCAUAACUGUAUGUGCAUUCUAGCCAGCCAAGCUAAUGACCAAAUUUCUAUUUACAUAAAAGCAAUACAAAGCCUUCUUUGUUUGCUAAAGAACCAAGAUGAAAGAAUAAAAAAAAAAAAUUCCAACAUGGAAAGGCCAGCGCUGUCCCUGAAUCCCAUGUGAGAAAUAAGUUACUCAAAAUCGAAACAAAAAACAAACUUGUGGCCUGCCUUGUGACUCGCUUGUUUUCACCCUCCAUUUCCAUCGGCAUACUGCGCAUGGGUGGUGCACCAGAAUAGCUGUGCAGUCAUUGUGCUGUGUAGUUUGGUAAGGACUUGUGUGUUUUGACUUUCUGGACUGACGGUAGAAACGUUGAGUUGUAGGAGAGCAUCAAUAGUUGUACUGUAUAUCAGUGAGCGGUCUUUUGACUCAAGGGAGAUUUUCACUGUAAUGUGCGUUUCAUGUUUGUUUUGACACUUGGCUUUUAUCGAAGUUUUGACUGGGGACACUCUUGCAUCUCACUGUAAUUUGAACAUUCCAUGUUCAUAAUGCUAGAUAGGAAAUUUGGUUGUAGUUCACAUGGUAAGUUAGCAGUGCAGGGGACGUUAUUUACUGUGACAUUGACUGAAAGGCAUGCUGUACUAAAUGAGACCAAACAAUUAUAUUGUCCGCUCCGUGUCAGGGAAGGUUUGGGAAUCGUCUCUAAUAUUACAGAACACUGCUGUUCACUCCUCAUGAAGUAAGUUUUCUUUUUUUACACUUUUAGACCAGUUUUCACUCCCGUGUGUGUAUUAGGACAAGUGUGAUAUACGGCCUUGCUGACUGUCGGAUUGCUGAGCCAUUAUUGGUAUGCACAUUUUUAAGUGCCCAUUGUUGAAAGAAUUGGAGUUGGUUGCUUUACAUACAUACUGUUUUGUUAAAAACAUUGUAAUGAAAGUCA